AUUUGUUCUGUGAACGCACCAGAUGAGGACUAUACUGAGCAUGCGUUACGAAUGCUAACAGCUCUAGUUAGCUUCCUUGUAGUGGUAACUGAAACUCUGUUUCACAUAAAAAUCACUUUAAUGUAACUUGAAUUUGACUGUGAGUGUCUGAGCGGCCGUGCCGCGUCGCUGCUGGCAAUGUUAAAACAAGUUGGCUGACAUAAGUGAGCUUGUUGUUGCUAGGCUGUGUGAUGGGGCUCAGCCUGCUGCAGGUCAGGUAGAAACAGGCAGAAACAGGUAGAAACAGGCAGACAGCGAACAGCCGCCGAGGAUGAUCAAGUUCGUGCUGAUGGUGAACCGGCAGGGUCAGACCAGACUGUCCAGGUAUUACCAACCCGUGGAACUGAGCAGGAGGGCGGUGCUGGAGGCCGACGUGGUCCGCUGCUGCUUGAGCCGCAAGAAGGACCAGUGUUCCUUUGUGGAGUAUAAAGACUUCAAGCUGGUCUACCGUCAGUACGCUGCUCUGUAUAUCGUGGUCGGAGUCACAGACAGCGAGAACGAGCUGUCUGUCUACGAGCUGGUUCAUAACUUCGUGGAGGUUUUGGAUAAAUACUUCAGCCGCGUGAGUGAACUGGACAUCAUGUUCAACCUGGACCGAGUUCACAUCAUCCUGGACGAGAUGAUCCAGAACGGACACAUCGUGGAGACAAACAAGAGUCGCAUCCUCGCACCACUCACCGCCCUCGACAAGAUGGCCGACAACUGAGACUCAAAAGCGUAGAGGAAGUGAUGUCACAGACUGUUUUGGGCAUCAGCAGGUGAUCGACUGUGAGCUGAAUCGGUGCCCAUGUUCUGAUGCCAAUAAAUCAACACGAACUCUGUUUAGCAUGUUAGCAUGCUAAUUAGUAUACUGGAUCAUUGACUGUAUAGAAAGAUGGAUGACGUAACCAAAGCCAAAACAUCUGGAACGCCCUGCAGUGGCUGGCAGCAAUAUAGGUCAUAAACUCUGCCCCCUCCAUGUUAACAGACCAGACAAAGUAAAAAAUCACACAUCUGUCAUUUCAGCUGAUGUUUGUGUUUAUUUUCCUGAUAAGUUUGGAUUGAAUGAGUUAUUUCAUGAUAUAAAAAGAGUUAUGAUUGACAGCUGAGCCCUCUUUGUACUGUGAGUGUGUGGGUGUGUGUGUGUGCGUGCGCACGCACAGGACCUCUAUCGCAGGUCCAACUAUGACCACUAUAUACUGUAUAUAUAUUUUAUUUUUCUAAUAAUACAAAUAAACUACAUAUACAAAACAUGUACCAAAGAUAGUGCAUAUAAGAAGAAACAAUCUAAUUCUUAAUGUUAUACAGAUCAGCAUGAAGACUUUUAACUGUUCAGGCUGCCAGUAAAUUUACAUUCAUGGAUAUGGAAUUAGGCUGUUCAUUCAUAACGUUAGUCUUGUACACAUAGACACACAGAGUCCUUCUGUACACCAAGAGACCAAAAAACAUAAAACCAAACCAAUGUUUUAACCAAUAAAAACAGAUUUAGCCAAAA